GGGAAUUGGUUCCCAUCCGGACGUUUUCCAAAUGUGGAAGCUCUAGAUAACCACACGGCACCUUUGCAAUGGGAAUCACGUAGUGUGUAGGAUUGUUGAGCGCUGCUUUUAUGGUGGAGCUUCGAGCGGUUUUUUCGGUGAUGUGAUGUUCGGGUGUGUGUGUGUAGUGUGGCUGGUGUUGGUGGGCGCGGGCCCGGCCCUCAAGCUUGAAUAUUUCUCCCGCGGCUGUUCCUCUCUCUGGCUUCUUUCCCUCCGAACAACAUCGCAAAUUGCAUCUUCCCCUCAUACACAGUAAUGGCAUCCUCACUUCGUCUCGGAGCCUCAGCAUUGAGAUCAUCUCUCAAUGCUCCGGCAUUCACAGCCAGAAAAGCUGCCUUCAAUGGCAUGCGCUGCUACUCUUCCUCAAAAACACAGGUAUGCGGCAUUGAUAACGGUCCCCGAAAGAGUAGAUUCUAAUAUUUCUCUAGACUUUGAAGGAGCGAUUCGCCGAACAGUUGCCAGAGAAGAUUGACCAGAUCAAGACACUCCGCAAGUAAGUUUCCCUCGGGUGGAAGGCAACACAGGGCGACCGGGAACUAACUAUCCCAGGGACCACGGACACAAGGUCAUCGGCGAAGUUACCCUCGACCAAGUAUACGGUGGUGCUCGUGGUAUCAAGUCAUUGGUCUGGGAAGGAUCUGUUCUCGACUCCGAGGAGGGUAUUCGAUUCAGAGGAAAGACCAUCCCAGAAUGCCAGCAGCUUCUUCCAAAAGCACCAGGUGGAAAGGAACCCCUCCCAGAAGGUACGCACAAUCCCCGAACACCACAAUCAUGGCUUUUCUAAUAUACUACAGGUCUCUUCUGGCUUCUCCUUACCGGUGAAGUCCCAAGUGAACAACAAGUUCGUGAUCUUUCCGCAGAGUGGGCCGCCCGUUCCGAUGUUCCAAAAUUCGUCGAGGAACUUAUCGACCGAUGCCCAAGCGACCUCCACCCAAUGGCGCAAUUCUCCAUUGCAGUCAAUGCUCUCGAGCACGAGUCUGCUUUUGCCAAAGCUUAUGCCAAGGGAAUGAAGAAGACGGAAUACUGGGGACACACCUUUGAGGACUCAAUGGACUUGAUUGCCAAACUCCCAACUAUUGCCGCAAGAAUUUACCAAAACGUCUUCAAGGGCGGCAAGGUUGCUCCAGUCCAAAAGGAUAAGGAUUACAGUUUCAACUUUGCCAACCAACUUGGCUUUGGAGACAACAAGGACUUUGUGGAGUUGAUGAGACUUUACCUCACUAUCCACACUGACCACGAGGGUGGUAACGUCAGUGCACACACUACCCACUUGGUCGGAUCUGCCCUCAGCUCCCCCAUGUUGUCCCUUGCUGCUGGGUUGAACGGUCUUGCAGGACCACUCCACGGUCUUGCCAACCAGGAAGUCUUGAACUGGCUUACCAAGAUGAAGGCCGCCAUUGGGGAUGAUCUUAGCGACGAGGCUAUCAAGAACUACCUCUGGUCAACCUUGAAGGCUGGCCAAGUUGUCCCAGGUUACGGACAUGCUGUUCUUCGCAAGACUGAUCCUCGUUAUAUGGCACAGAGAACAUUUGCUGAGUCGCAUCUCCCAGACGACCCAAUGUUCAAGUUGGUUAGCCAGGUUUACAAGAUUGCCCCGGGUGUUCUUACCGAGCACGGAAAGACCAAGAACCCAUACCGUAAGCAUUUCCCGCUAAGCAACGGUGAGAACAAAUUGAAUGCUAACUUUCCUCAUUAGCUAACGUUGAUGCCCACUCUGGUGUCCUUCUCCAAUACUAUGGCUUGACCGAGGCCAACUACUACACCGUUCUCUUUGGUGUCUCAAGAGCCAUUGGUGUUCUUCCUCAACUCAUCAUUGACCGUGCUGUUGGAGCUCCAAUUGAGAGACCCAAGUCCUUCUCUACCGACAAAUGGUCCGAGAUCGUUAAGAAGUUGUAAAGGGUGUGAUGAUAGACGAAGUAGCUGGUUGGCUAACUGGCGACAUAGCGGGAUGCUUGUACGAAAAGGGACGGAUAUAGACGGGGAUCUCUUGGGGCGUGCACUGUUCACUGU